GCAGCGGCGAAAGGGCAUGAAGGUGUAGUGAGAAUGCUACUCGACUUGAAGGACGUCAACCCCGACCAGCAAGGCGGCUGGGGUGAUACACCGUUGCGCGCGGCAGCAGCAUCUGGGCACCUAGAUGUAGUCAAGUUGCUACUUGCUACCAAGCGAGUAAAUCCGAAUUAUCAAUGCUUUCAUGGAAAGACCCCAUUACUCAAAGCAGCAGCAGGAAACCAUCAGGAAACGGUGAAGUUACUACUUGCGACUGAAGGGGUUGAUCCUCAUUUACGGGAUAGUCAUGGCGUAUCUAUCCUGUCAUUGGCGGCAAAACAUGGCCUUGAAGAGGUGGUUAGAAUUUUGCUUGCUACACAGGGUGUCCAUCCAGAUUUAAGAGACUUGUACAACGUGAGUCCAUUGGCUGAAGCAGCACGUGCUGGAGAAGUAAAAAUAGUCACCAUGCUG